AUCAUUUAUUAAUUAUCGCAUUCGGUGAAUUAAGUUAAGUGCUAGGAAGGCACAAUAAUUUCCAGGCGGCAUUCUCAGAAUCUCUAAUAUUCUCCCCUCGGGAAUGAUUGAUCAUUACAAGAAAAAAAGUGUUGACAGUUAACAUUUUCAUGCGAAUGAAACCAUUGUCUUUCUUGUGUGAAUUGAAGGCACCAGCACAGAUUUGGUCCCGCAACUGCUGGGUAUGUUUGAUGAGCUGGCGCGUCGCAGUGAUGGCUACGAUGGCGAUCGCGUGGUUCUACCAUCGUCCUGCGGUAUAUCCGCUGUUCUGCAAAAACGUCUGAGCAUGGUACCGGUUGCCCAUCGAAGUUCCGUGUUCGGUCAGCUCUGCACAAACGGAGAUUUAGCCAAGCCUAUGUACCAGGACAUGCUGAAGACCAAGGAACAAGAAGACGAGUACGACGAGGUUGUUGCGGAUGCCAGCAAUAAUGCCAUGUUGGAGACGAUCAUCCCGGUAAUAAUGCUAGAGCAGGAAGGAAACGGGGAAACAAUCGAGGAAACCACUGGGAAGCCGAUGUAUGAAAGACGGGAGACCAACGGCCUUACUACCCCGCUUAGAUACAAACGACGCAGAAACGGCGGUAGACCACUCUCCGGAAGUUCGAUCGCGUCCAGCACAUCUUCUAGCAGUUGUAGCAAUCAGGGCAACACUUCCGCUGCCAAUCCUUAUUUAGCGUCUGUCGAAUCUCUUGCCGAUACCUGUGCCAGCUCCCAGGGUUCCGCGGACAGUGGAGUCGUGACGGUUUCGGAAGCUAGCUGUCGGAUAUUGAAUGACGACAAUGGACAAAGGAGGAACAGCGCUGAGGAGGAUCCUUUAUGCCAUAGGCCGCGCUACUGCGACCCGCAUCGAAAUCCCGUUGAGAGGGUGCUCCUUGAGAUUGUAGACACGGAAGCGAUAUACGUCGAACAUCUGCGUCAAAUUAUUCAGGGUUAUCUCAUAUUCUGGAGAGAUAAUCCACCGUCGUUCUCACGUCGAUUACGUCUCGGUGACCUGUUUAGUAAUAUUGAGGAUAUCUUCGAGUUUAAUAGAGAAUUUUUAUGGGAGAUAGAGAAAUGCGGCCUAGAUCCUGUUUGCGUCGCAAAUACGUUCAUUAAACGUAAUUCGGGAUUUAAAGUAUAUACCGAGUACUGUACCAAUUAUCCGAGGACAGUCUCGGUGUUGACCGAUUUAAUGGGUCAGGAGGAAACUGCGUCCUCCUUCCACGAAAGGCAAGAGGCUCUAAGACAUCAGCUACCGCUCGGAUCCUUCCUUUUGAAGCCCGUCCAAAGGAUCCUUAAGUAUCAUCUGCUUCUGGAGAAUUUAUCAAAGGAGUACGGUGCCGAUUGUGAUUUGAGAGAGAAUGAGGCUGAAGGUAGAAGUGCCAUCGAGGCUGCUCUUGCCGCAAUGACUGGCAUUGCAAAGCACAUCAAUGCUAUGAAGAGGAGGCACGAGCACGCUGUACGUGUUCAAGAAAUUCAGUCGCUUCUGUACGGUUGGCUAGGACCAGACCUAACUACAAGUGGCGAAUUGGUUGCGGAAGGUCGAUUCAGGAUGCGAGGGGCCAAAGCCCCGAGGCAUGCCUUCCUCUUUGAUCGAAUGCUUUUGCUGACGAAGAAGAAGGAAGACAGUCUUCUUAUCUAUAAAGCUCAUAUUAUGUGUUCAAAUUUAAUGCUAAUUGAAAGUAUCCCAGGAGAGCCACUUAGCUUUCACGUAAUACCUUUUGAUAAUCCUCGAUUGCAGUAUACAUUACAAGCGCGCAAUUUAGAACAAAAGAGAGAAUGGACCUUACAAAUAAAGAGAGUGAUAUUAGAAAAUUAUAAUGCGGUUAUACCGUCGCAUGCGAGACAAUUAGUGUUACAAUUGGGUCAAACGCAACAAGAAGCAGAUGACGCGUUGACGGAUAAAGGAUCAGCAAAGAAACACUCUGCCCCUCCGGAAUAUUUGGAAAAACGUAAGCAGGAAAGAGAAAGACGUAGAUCCGAAACUAGUCUGAAGCAAAAGUUCAUGAGGGGCGUUAGAAAAUCUGAUACCACAAUGGAGGAUUCACCUACAUCGUCUUGUAAAAAUGACAAUGAAGACAUUAAUGUCUCCAGGGAGCCAACUUUUAGCAGGUCGGAUGUACGUGCUUCGAAAGUCAGGGAUCGAUUUACCGGUUGGAGACGAAAAUCCGAGCCAGGCUUCCAAUCGUAUGUGUGUCUUAACCAUUUGGACGAGGAGCAAAAGGAAGCUACUACUAGCGAUGCUCAAUCUACUACGGUCGAGAUUGCUGAAGAAGCAACCGAAAUUUGUACCAAGGAAGAGAAUCAGACAACAUUGAAUUCUUCAUCACCUGCCGAAGCCAAAGACAAUAAUGAACAACAUGCUAAACCGGCGCAAACGGUGGAAGAGAUCGUCAGUCACAUUCUCAUGCAGAAUCAAGAGUUCCAGAAGCUACUAGAGAAACAGCAGACCAACAGCAUUAUUAACGUGCGACAGCAACGCUUCAAUAAGCGUAUCUCAACGGACACGUCGGAUGAGAGUGAUUCGGAGAACGCUAAUUAUGUCACCAGUUCGAUCAGUCACAACAAUAACAAUAAUAGAUUAGGACGCGUUCGAGCGUUGCAUCGGGAGCGACUGAUCAGGACGAACAAUGCGUGGAAUUUAUUAUCUUCGGCACCGGCGCGGGAAAACCAACAGCCACUGCAACUCCUUUAUGAUAACUUAAAGACUACUCAGAAGUCGACAGAAACACUCGCGCAUAACGGCAGGACAAACCAGUUGUACGAGAGGCAGGCGUUCAAGCGACAAAGCAUCGUCACCGAGAGCAAGGUGAUCAAGACAGCGCUACGUAUCCGCGAGAAUUCGACGUCAACGGGCAAUGAAGAAACCGUCAUAUCCCCGGCAAAGUGCAUGUUAAAUCAUCGGACAGUGGAACGAAAAGAGAUUAAUUCUAUUGUAAUGACAGAACGGAUCGAAAAGGAUGGAUCAGAACGAUGUAAUGACGAGAGAAGCGAUGCAAAUGAUGCAGGAGAUGCCGAGUCCAAGGGCUUUGGCAAUUAUGACAAUCUGCAGCAUGUCUGGGAAGGUCUGCAGACAAUAAAGGGCGAUGCCGAUGGCAAUGAUAGUCCAACUCAGCCAGCCGUUUGGCUCACCAAGUUGUGCGAGGGUCUGCCUACCUCUCCGCCUAAAAGCGGUUCGCUGCCACGUAGCUUUCAGAUCAGUCCAAACUCCCAACCGACGAGCGUAACGAAGUCACGCUUCCUACAGCGGGACGGUAAGCCAAUGAGCGAGCGACCGUUCACGAUUGCAUCCGAUAAGCCAGCAGAAAUCAAUCUAGAGGACAUGGAGAGGUAUGCAUCUACGUGCCAACCGGAGGGUAGAAUUGCCAAGUUCCCUAUGCCCACCGUCUCGACAAGCUCCAGUACGUCAACUUUCUUCUGUUCACUAGAGGACACACGAUUGACCGACGAUACGUACUCCGAUGUGCGGUCCAUAUCUGCUAGUGACAGUGCGAAUAUUCAUCCCGAUCACAAGAUCUAUCGGGCAAAUGGUAAUAGUAGUGGCAGUACGAUUUUUCGAAGUGUCUUCAAGGCAGGCAGUCGUUUGCAGGGCCGUCUGAGAAAUACCAUGAGCACGGAGACACUCGAAUGUAAUGAUGAGGUUGAACGGACACGCUACUUCCGCUCGUUGAGUUCCGGAGUCAAGUACCCGAAAAAGCGAACUAAGCAGACGAAGCAGCACGCAAGAGAACCAUCCUCGGAUGUGGAAGAGCUGAUGGGUUGCUCGAAUGAUCAACGAAUUCCUCAACUUUACUACAAGCAAGGCAGUUCCAGUCUGGGUGCUAGAAUUGCUCAAUCGGAUUAUGCUGAUCCAACGAUUCUCUUCGCCGAGAGCAAACGUGCGCAGUCAUCUUCCGUUGACAUUAAUCAGUCUAAGAAUACCGCUGAGUCUGAGAGGAGAGAUUGCGAAGAGGAGACGGGUAGUAAUAAGGACACAGAGCAUCAUGAAAGCGAGACAGAUAGCUUUUACGAGAAGAGCUUCGAGACCAUCGAGAAUUACGCUGAUGUAGACGAGGCGUUCCGGGAUAGUGCAAUAUUCAGCGAUGUCGACGAGGCAUACGUGAUGCGGCAGUCGACACCGGUGACGAUAGCGAAAAUGACAACGAUGGAAACAGCAGCGGCGAUCGCAAAGACCAAGAUUGCACCGCCAGUACCUGCCAAAAAGAAGCAAGAGAUGUCAUCAAUAAAGUAUAAGCCGAACGUUGCGCAGAAGCCGGAUUACUUGAAAAUAAAGUCAUUGUUGGCAAGGGGACAUCCUGCUGGUAAUUCGGAAACCAGAGUUACCACGAGAUUAGUAAAUGUGACACAUCAACCUCUUGAUAGUUCAUCGAAUAAUUAUAAAAGGAAUAUCGAGAUGGAUAGAGAUGACGUUUCCGCAGGACAGAGUCAGGCUGGUUGGGUACGGAAGAUAGUAGGUCAAUUGCAAGGUCAUGUCGAAACGUGAUCUGUACUUGUAGAUGGCCUACGGGAUUAAGAUUACGUGUCAAAAAGUCAAUAAAAAUCUCAAGUCAUAAUCGGCGUAAGUCGUAUGGAUAAAAGUGAAGCAAAUAUUGUUGUCAAAAAUAGAAAAGUAUAUGUGUUUUAAAUAAAUUUUUUGAUCAUUUCGAUAUACGAAAUCAUGCAAGUGAUGACCUUGGCUUACUUGGGUCAUUUUGUAAUAAUGUUAGUAAACAGAUUUCUAUUUUUGUAUAUAUCGCAAAGAAAUU